AUGCAAUUUACUCAAGCCAUGCGCCAUCCACGCCACGCCGCGUCGGUUGUCCCACUGGUGGUGGUGUUGCUGAUGUACUGCGCCAGUGGAUGUAUUGCCGCCGCUCCCGCCACACAGUACCGCUGUGGGUUUGACGCAAUGAUGGAGAGGAGCGGCCCGCUGUCGACUGCGGUGGUGCGUGAGGUGCCACGCAAGGGACAGGGCGCGAUGCAGGCGUACACCGUCGCCACACAGGAUGACGACAGUGACUGGGAACCGAUCCGCAUCGCGGUGUCCACGGAGGAUUUGGAGGUAGGCACGGGUAGAAGGAAGAGGAAGUACUGCGAAAAAGGAGAGGAUGAGUGCGAAACCGUCUUGGGGGAAAAGGUAUCAUGCACACCAGAGCAUGUCUUGACGGAGGCAAAGAAACAAUUGUACACUGGAAAGAUUCUACCUGGUGCCGUCAAACUGCACGCUGAGCGGCUACUUGUGAAACCCACUUCUGAAAAUCUAAAUGUGCCGACUAUGGGAAGUCCGUGCAACCAAUUUACGAUUCCUACUGAACACAGGAAAAACGGUGUGCUGAACGUCGACUUUAUCAUCUACGCCGCUGCUAGGCCAUCAGGUACCAAAAGCAGGGCUGUUUGGGCGGCCACGUGUAGCACAUGGAGUGAUUUUCGUCCUUCCAUUGGCGCCAUGAACUUUGAUCCAAAGUACAUGACUGACACGGCGUGGAGCGUUCGCGUUGCCGCACACGAACUUGCGCAUGCUCUUGGGUUCAGUAAAGAGAGAAUGGAAGAAAAUAGUAUCAAAAUUUCUGAGCACAGUGUGCGUGGGAUGAAGCGUUGGAUGGUGGUGGGGAAUCACGUUAAGGCGAAGACGCGAGCCCACUUUGGUUGUGACUCUCUCGAGGGCAUGGAGCUGGAGGACGAAGAUGGUGCAUCGUCAAGAAAGAUCCCUCACUGGAAGGGACGCCACGCGCGGGACGAGCUGAUGGCUCCCACAGUUGGUGCCGGCUACUACACGGCUCUGACGAUGGCGGUGUUCGCGGAUAUGGGGUACUACCGCGUGAAUUGGAGCAUGGCGGAGCCGAUGAGCUGGGGCCACCGCACUGGCUGCGACUUCCUGGAGAAGAAGUGCGGUGAAAUAACAGAUUUCCCCACCAAGUAUCCUCACAUGUUCUGCGAUGCUACUGACAAUGAGACACUUCGCUGCACCUCUGACCGCCGUCACGUCGGGACGUGCACUGCAACCAUCGUUGAGGACAAGGGGAGUCUGGUGGAUAAGGAUGUUUGCCCUGUUGUUUCUUCGUACUUUCACGAAAUAUCGUCCGGGACAACUUACAAUGCGUGCUCGGACGAAAAUGUGGAUUAUCUCCCUGGGUCGCUGACUGGCGGUGGCUCGUGGUGCCUGGACGCGGAAUUACUGGAGAAGAAGGACGAUAAUGGCCAUAAAAGCGUCAAAGGAGUGUGCGCGCAGGUGCUGUGUGAGGAGGGAACAGUGAAGGUGAAGUACAGUGACGGCAAGGAUUUUCAGCAUUGCCCUGAGGGCUCUGUAAUCACAGUGACGUUGAAUGGUUUUGAGCAAGAUGGGAAGAUCAAGUGCCCGAAGUACGGCGAGGUGUGCACCAUUGCCGGCAACGGCAGCAGCCUUGUCGUUCCGAGAGCGUUGGAGGAUGAUAAGCGAGAGGAGCAAGGAGAGGAAGGAGAAGCGGCUGUGGCUGCUCCGGCGUUGUCUGCUGGAGCGGAAGCUCUCACAAAGGCGUCCCCCGCCGAUUUGCCUGCUGAGGAGUACUCUUCUGCAGAGGGACCCAUUGAAGAAGCGUCCACUGCAGAGGCGUCUCCUCCAGGUAAAAACUCUGAAGCUCCAGUAUUGCAAGCGGCAUCGAAGCAGCCUCAACAAGAAAGUGAAGCAGAAGAAAUGACAGCGGUGGAUGCAUCUGCCACUACACAGCAAGUGCCAGCGAAUUCAUCGCAGGGAAGCAUGGGGUGGGCGACGGCUUCGAACAUCCCUGCCUAUGGAGAAACAACGGGUGAUGGCGGCACUGUGCGUGAGAGCAGGGCGGUGCCGCUGCUCCUUCUGCUGUUGGGACUGUGGGGGCUUGCCGCUCUGUGA